CGGCUCGUCCUAUCCUCAAUCAUAUAGAUUUUUGCCUUUUCUUGUCUAACAGUCCACAACAUCUCCUUCCCCGGGAAGACGGGAAGGCGAAACCUAGUGCCGACUGCCGGCACCGAGAGCCACGCCCAGAAAGUAAAACAGGCCAUGGAGAAGACCAUCGUCCUGUACCCCGGCCUCGCCGUCAGCCACUUCGUCCCCAUGAUGCAGCUCGCCGACGUCCUCCUGGCGGACGGCUACGCCGUCGCCGUCGCGCUAAUCGACCUCACCCUCGACCAAGAUGUCGCCCUCGCCGCCACCGUCCGCGGCGUCGCCUCCGCCAAGCCGUCGGUCACCUUCCACACGCUCCCUCGGAUCAAAAACCCUCCCACCCUCAAGAGGGGCGUGGAGUUUCUCCUCGGGUACUUGGAGAUGGUCAGGCGCUACAACGAGCACCUCCGUGAGUUCCUCUCAUCCAUGCCUCCCCGGAGCGUCCGCGCGGUGAUUGUGGACGCGGUGUCCAUGGAAGCGUUAGACGUCACGAAGGAGCUCGGGGUCCCGGGCUACACCUUCUACGCCAUGAACGCCUCCGCGCUCGCGGUGUUCGUCCAGCUUCCGUCCAUGCGCGAGGAAGGCCAGCCAAGCUUCAGGGAGCUAGGAGACACCCCUCUCGACAUCCACGGCGUGGUGCCCUUACCGGCUUCCCACCUCUGCGCUGAACUGCUCGAGGACCCGGAGAGUGAGAUCUACAAGGUGAUGAUGAACUUCAUGUGCAGGAACACGGAGGCCGACGGCAUCUUGGUGAACACGUUCGCUUCGCUGGAGGAACGGGCGGUGGGAGCUCUCAGGGAUCUGCAGAUUCUUCUUCCCGGCGGCAGCGAGCGCAGGAUGCCCCCGGUGUACUGCGUCGGGCCAUUGGUCGCCUCGGGUGCCGGCGCCGAGGCAGAAGGCAAGCACGAGUGCCUCGCGUGGCUGGACACGCAGCCAGAGCGCAGCGUCGUGUUCCUCUGCUUUGGGAGCAUAGGCGCUGCCACCCACUCGGAGGAGCAGCUCAGGGAGAUCGCCGCCGGCCUGGAGAGAUCCGGCCACCGGUUCCUGUGGGUGGUGCGAGCCCCUCUCCGCGCCGGUCCGGGGAGGCCGUCCGAGCCGGACGUCGACGCGCUUCUGCCGGACGGGUUCUCGGAGAGGACCAAAGGUCGUGGGCUCGUCGUCAAGCACUGGGCGCCGCAGGUGGAGGUGCUCCACCACAACGCCACGGGCGCCUUCGUGACGCACUGCGGAUGGAACUCGGUGCUCGAGGGGGUCAAGGCGGGCGUGCCGAUGCUUUGCUGGCCGUUGUACUCCGAGCAGAAGAUGAACAAGGUGUUCAUGGUGGAGGAAGCAGGGAUCGGCUUGGAAGUUGUUUGGUGCCAACAGGGGCUGGUCGAGGCCGGGGAGGUGGAGGCCAAGGUUAGGCUGGUGAUGGAGUCCGAGGAAGGGGAGCGGCUCAGAUCGCGAGUGGCGGCGCUCAAGGAUGCCGCGGCAAUGGCCUGGAAGGAUGGCGGAUCAUCGCGUGCGGCGUUCGCCCAGUUCUUGUCGGUCGUGAACAACCUUGGACGUGACACGUGAGACGUGAAUAAGGUCGGUAAUGACCGCAAUGGGAAACUGGGAAUAUUACUGAAUGCAGUAUUGCAAUGUUAAUGACCGCAAUGGGAAACUGCUUUUAUUUUAUGCUGCGGUAACCUUUUUUUUUAAUAAAAAGAACUCUGUGGUACCUUGUUAGCAUCUA